CAGCAGUGCAGAAGUUAAAAAAAGCUUUGGGCAAAGACUUUCUUUCUUAUGUAAUGACAAUAGUGACUCAUGAGUUGGAUGAAACAUGUGAAAGUGCACUGGAAGACCUUAAAGAUUUCUCCAGUUUUAAUGAACAAAGAUUCCACACAUGUAGAAGAAGUAUGACAGAUAAAAAAGAGAUAAUUGAUCUGUUGGAAAAAAUAGAAGUCAUGGUCUCUGAAAACGAUCACCACUGCUACACAACACCGAUGUGUGAUGGGAAAAAAGAACAGAAAGAACAAAUGGAGCAGAAACUCUACAAAGAAGAAACCGCUGGGACAGAAGAGCUGCAGAAAGCACCUGAGAUCACUAAAAAGGUCAGUGAACUGAAAGAAACUGGUGAAGCUGAACACUCAGAGAAGACUGAUGACAGCACAAAGGGAAAAUCUGAAAUCAAGUCUUUAUCAUCUGAAACCAAGGAGAAAGGAGAGAGCCACAGCAAGAAAGACAGACAAACAGAAAGCGAAACACUGCUCAGAAGACUUAACCUUCAAGUUCAACAUAAGUUGUCAGCAGCAGACUUUCUCCAAAUACGUCCACCUGUUCAAAUGAACCAAGAUAUACUGGAAACAGAUGUAGGUCGUAGUUUUCUUCAGAGGUUAAUGAUGUUGGACUACAGAGCCAGAUAUAUUCCUGUAAGACAAGAGAGUCCUGGUGCAAGAUAUUCACAGACUCUUCCAAUAUCUGAAUCAGAUGACAAUGACUUAGAUGCUCUCUUUAGCACCACUGUAGACGUGGACCAAUCAAAACAAACCAACAUGCACCCAAUGGAUGUUCAAAUGGCAGUAUUUCACUGCUCAGACAGCUUCCUUAAGCAGAACAUGAUUACAAAGUUAUCACAAUGUCAGUACGCCUUGCCUUUCCUUGUUCCUAACGCGGAGCCCGCAACAAUUGAAUGUCCUCUCUGGACAUUUAGACAAAUAACCAAAACAUGGAAGACAACUCAAGUCAAAGAUGGUUCAGAAACUGUUACCAUGACGAGUAUGCCCAUCUGCAACGCUGAGACACACAUGGUGUCAUUUUUCCGCCUGGAUUCAGUAUCUGAGUCGAAAUCACAGCUCAUGAACUCUUUGAUCAACGACCGUCACAAUACCUUCUUCCACAGAAACUGUCCAGGCAGCACCAAAUCUCGUCAUCUGAUGGACGGUGUGGUAGAGAUUGCCUGGUACUGCCCUGCUGGAAAACCCAACGAUUCUUUCACUGACUGCAUUGCUUUCUGUAAUCUUCAUGGUGAUGCUCUGAUGUUUGAAAAACAAACUAAAAUACUGACUGAAACUUCUUCAGUCAAUGUAGUUCUUGUACCAACUCUGGAAAAAAGCCACAGAAGUACAACCGUCAUCUCAGAUCUUUACAAGUCUCAGAAGCCUCUCGUUAUUCUCACUGCUGAUAAUGUUUGUGAUGCAGUUCUGAUGAAACCAGGAAUGUGCAAAAUGGGUCUGAAAGACAGAAGCCAGUCCGAUGUUUCUGAAAGCCUGAAAGGAAUUAUUAGAAACAUGUUGUCUGGACUAGAAACCUCCUUCCAGCUCAAAUCUAUGGCCAAUGUCUCUGGAAUCAGAGUGGAUGAAGACGACCCAGUGUGUCGAAAAGGAGAAAAGGCAGCAAUGGAAAUAUUUAAUUUGAUUCAGGGUAUGGAUAUUUCAAAGAUCAAAGAUAGAUUUCUCCCCUGUCAAGGCCAACUGUGGCACCAGUGGUCGAGAAUAAAAAAAGAACUGUAUCAUCUGAAAGGAAACGUGGACAAGGAAAAAAGUCAGAAAGAACAGCAGCUGAUGAAAAUCAGAGAAGAUCAAUGCUCUGCUUCCUGUAGUGAACUGAUGAAGUCAUUCACUGAAAGCCUCAUUUCCUUGUCAUCUCAGGAGAAAGAGUACUUCCUGAAAUGGACUCAGAUCUUAAUAGAUGCCCUCUGCACAGACGACCUGUCUUCAAUUCUCCAAAGCUAUGAUGAAAAAUGGUCUGAGGUCUUGGAUCUGAAGAAGAAAAAACCAAAAUCUCCACUGUUAGCAGGUAAACAAGAUGAGCUUGAAACAAUACCAAAAAAACUGCAGUCAGCAAAUUUUGGUUUGGAGCAUAUCUUUAGAGAAAUGGGACAGAUCUAUGAAGCUCAUCAAGCUCUGAAUAAAAAAACAAACAGUGGACAGACCAACUGGUCCAAAUACCCUAAACUGGCUGCAGAUCUGAUGAUAUCAGGACGCCCUAUGGAGCUGAUGGAUGGAGAUGCAGGUCAUGUGCCUUUGAUGUGGAUCUCUAGUGUUUUAGAAGAAGUCAUCAAGAAACUGGGCGACCAGAGAGUUUUUGUGUUGUCGGUUCUGGGCGUAAAAAGUAGUGGAAAAUCAACAAUGCUGAAUGCCAUGUUUGGAUUGCAGUUUGCAGUGAGUGCUGGUAGGUGCACCAAGGGAGCUUUCAUGCAGCUGGUCAAAGUGUCAGAGGACAUACAGAAAGAUUUCAAGUUUGAUUAUGUUCUCGUAGUGGACACUGAAGGAUUACGUGCUCCUGAAUUGGCAGGUGACGCCACUCUUCACCACGACAACGCCCUGGCCACAUUUGUUGUUGGCCUGGGAAACAUGACACUGAUCAACAUCUUUGGUGAGAAUCCAGCUGAGAUGCAAGAUGUCCUGCAGAUUGUUGUCCAGGCUUUCAUGAGGAUGAAGAAAGUUAAGCUUUCUCCAAGUUGUGUGUUUGUUCACCAGAAUGUUACAGACAUUGGAGCUGCAGAGAAAAACAUGGAUGGAAAGAGACGCCUCCAAGAAAAACUGGACCAGAUGGUUCAGCAAGCUGCCAAAGAGGAGAUGUGUAACGUUGAGUGCUUCAGUGACAUCAUUGCAUUUGAUGUGCAACAAGAUGUGAAAUACUUUGCCCAGCUAUGGGAAGGAAGUCCACCAAUGGCUCCCCCAAAUCCUGGUUACAGUGAGAGUGCCCAAGACCUGAAGAGGAUGAUCCUCGCUAAGGCUUCACAGUCUGCUGGAAUCACUCUCUCACAUUUUAAAAGCAAAAUCCAAGACCUGUGGAAUGCCGUGAUGAACGAACAGUUUGUUUUCAGCUUCAAAAACACGCUUGAAAUUGCAGCAUACAGAAAGCUUGAGGUCCAAUAUGGGAACUGGACCUGGGACCUUAGAAGCAGCAUGCUGCCCAUUGAAAACCAACUUUACACCAGGAUUGAAAAUGGAGAACUGGACAAUGUUGACCGUACUUACCUUCUGAAAGAAAUGAGCAAAACAUAUGAAAAAAACAAGAAAGACAUGACGUCACACUUUGAGGACAACAGAGACAAAGACACGUUGGUUCAGUGGCGAGGCCGAUUUGAAAAGAAAAUCCAUGAGUUUCAUGAGGAACAGGUAAAGGAAGUGAAAAGGAAACUGGAUGAAGUUAUCCAGCAAAAGAAAGCUUGUAAAAAGCUUGAUGAUAAAAAGCCAGAGUUUGAGAACAAACUGCUACAAAAGAGCAAAGAGCUCGCUCAGCAGUUAAAAGACAAGGCAAAGGAUGAGAAGGAGCUUCAAAAGCAGUUCAACUCUGUUUGGACUGACUGGGUCAGUGAAUUAACUGAAGAUAUAAAACCCAUUAAGGACAUAAACUUGGAAGACGACAAAAUAUUCAUCCUUGAAGAGCUGGGGAUUGAGUGGUCUCUCAUAGAUGAAUCCAGCUCCAGUGGAAGAUACAAAAAUGUAUCAAAAGUUGGGAAUUACUGUUCUUAUAUAACCUACAAGAAGUACCAAGAACACUGUAACAAAGUCCAACAAUCUGAGGGAGGUAAGAAAGAAACCAAAACACACACAACCAGAAAAAGAAACGAUUUAUUUUCAGCAGCAUUAGAAGCUGGUUUAGACUUGGCUCAACAUGUUUUUGGAUUUGGCUCAACAACAGAACAAAAUGCUGGACAAGGUGAACUGAAUGAUGCUUUACCGCAUGAAGAGCAGGAAGUGAUCAGAACAUUCAUUAACAACAUUGACCAACAGUCCUUUGAUACAAUUAAGACCAAGCCUGUAGCAACAAGAGGCUACAGCCAAACUUACCUACAAGAAGUCGCCAAAAAUGUUCAAGAAAAACUGACAGAAUUUGAAUCAGAGAGGAAAUAUUCAUUCAAGAAGGAGUUCACAGUUGAUGUCUUGUUGUAUGUUUUUGAAAGGUUGGGGAGUUGGCUUUCAUAUUCUCACCAAACAUUUAAAAAGAACAAUGACGCCCUCACUUACUUGAACAACAAUAAAACACAAUAUUACAAUGUUUUCAGAAGCUUCUGCAAAGGAAACUCAUCUGCCGUCGUGUUUGGAGAAAUGAUCUGUGACAAACUGAAGGUUUCCACUGUUGAGGCUGUUUGUAACAAGACCGCCAUUGAUCUCGCUGGAGAGAUGAGGUGCUCUUUCCCAGCAUUCAGUGGGAACAGGUUGGACUUGGAGAAACAUGUGUUGAAAUCACUUGCAGUAAAUGAAAACUUUGAUGGUUUCAUCAAAUACAUCCGACAUCCAAGGAAGCAAGUAGAGGUUUUUAUAAAAGAAGAAGUAGAGAAAUACAUCUUCAGAGAACACAAAGGAAAAGCUCAGAAUAUACUGAAGAAAAAUGUUGAUGACAUCAGUCAGCUUGUGAGACAAGCUUUAUUUAAAGCAACAACAAAAGUCAAAACCCAGGGAGGAGGCACAGAGAUGUGGGUGAAGGAAUUUUCCUCUUUCCUCAAGGAUGAGCUGCCACUUGAUACCAUUUGUUGUCAAAACUUCAGUGACAUAAACAACUUUGACUUUCUUAAAGAAGAGAUAGAGAAAGGUCUGGUUAACAUCAUUGAGGAGAUGAACCACCUCUCCCUGGAUAAGAUGAAGAAGUUCAGACAGAGACCUGAUCAAAUCCUCAUUGAUCGGCUGUGUAAGUGCUGCUGGGAAACGUGUCCAUUCUGUGGAGCUGUUUGCACCAACACCCUGGAAAACCACAGUCCUGAGGACCACAGUGUCCCUUUUCACCGGUCUGGUGCAAUCAGUGGUGUACACUACAAAGGCACAGACAUAAUGAGUGUUGAUUUCUGCACAACAAGAGUUGCAAAUGAUAAUUCUUUUUACCCUGACCACACUUUAGAAUACACCAUUCCUUACAAACAGUACAGAAAAGCUGGACCAAGGUUUGCUAACUGGAGAAUCACCCCUGAUGAGUCAAAGCUGAAAUAUUGGACAUGGUUUGUGUGUCGGUUUCAAAAGGACCUGGAAGACCACUAUGGUCAUAAAUUCAAGGGUGACGGUGAAAUUCCCAGCGAGUGGAGAACACACACAAAAGAAGAAGCAAUUCAGAGUCUGGAUGAAAUGUUCAAACUGUGAGUGAAACUACACAAUUACAACUCUACUGAAAGUCUUAACAAUUGUUUUCCUGUGAUUUUCACAAAGUGAAAUCUUCUAAAAUGAUGUGCAAAUAAAAAUGUGGACAGUCAACAGAUCAUCAAAUACUGUAGGUGAUUAGAUUAGGCUCCAGAAACCUGUUUGCCUCAGUGAAAAGAAAACUGAUCAGGAGAGCACACACAAAUAUACGAUGUCAACAUCAGACCACUGUGUCAAAGUUGUUCAGCUACAAUUUAUGGAUAUAAAACAAUAUAUUUUUCUUAAGUUCAGCAAAGUGGUUAAAUGUCAGGGUAUUAUAUUUGAUUAAAUCUAAAUAUUUGGAUUUAGUUGUUUUUUGUCUAGACAUCAUUGCCAAAAUUAAAAUUUGAUUGAAUGGAAAUUAUAUUUUUAAUCUGUUUGGUUAAGUAGUUAAAAUCAAAUCAACCUAAAAAAAAUUCUUUCUUUUAAUUUUUUUUUGUUUGUUUUUAACGUUGUUUUUUUUUCAUGUAUUUGUUAACCGUUUUAUUAGCCUUGUUUAACACAUUUUGGUUUUUAUAUGUAAUAAUCUUGCAAACAACUAUAAUCUAAAUGCAAACAAUGAAAGUUACACAAUAUCUGUAGAAAACAUAAUUCAACACAAAUCACUUGUAAUUUUGACCUUUCGUGCUACAAUAAUAAAACAAUAUAACUAGUUCAUAUCUUCUAAAACACCAGGUUUGUUUGUGUUCCUGACAAAGUCUCCGGGUUAAAGAUAAUUCAGCAACUUUAAACAUUUGACUUCUUUUUUUCUGAGUAUUCUAUUAUACACCACAGUGUCUUUAUGCCAUUUACAGCUUUUAACAUUCAAGAGAUGUUUAAUAGUAUCAGUAAUAUUUUAACUGUGUUCUAUUAACGUUUUAGUUUUUCUUGUUUUUUAUUAUAAUCUUGCUUAGUUUGGAAUUAAUUUAAAUGUAUAAAAACUUUAAUAAUAUAGUGAAUCAUUUAUUAAGGCCAUUAACACAAAUAAUGUCAUGAGUGAAAAAAAAAGAUCCUCUGGAUUUAUUUCAUUUUAAUGUGUACAUUAAUCGUAUUGUGUUCAACUGACAUAAGUUUCUCUUUCCUCCCUCACUCAAUUAUUGCUUGUCCAACCAAAGUAUUUCAAUUACAUUAAAAUUGUUUGAAAGAAUCAUGUUGAUUCAACACAUUUUUAAGUUACUGUUAACAUCAAUUUAUUGUGUGAGGUUAAAGUGCCUUCGUCACCUCCAGGGUACCUGAUUUUCAACCAUUACUCCAAAUUGAUUUGUUAAUGGCAGUUGUUGGAGCCAAUUUUUUGUGUUUAAUCAU